AUGAGCCUCAGUCUCUCCAAGGUUGCGCCCGACGCCUGGCGGGAGAUGGAGGUGAAGGGGGAUCCCGAGGCCAGGGCACAGAAGCCGGAGCCGCAGCCUGAGGCCAGGCGGGAAGCCGAGGCCCAUCCCGGGCCGACACUGGGACGCCGCAGGACGUGGGUGUGGGGUCCCAGCGCACAGGGCCCCUGGAGGCGUCUCCUCCGCAGUCGGGAACAGUGUGGAGCGUCCAAGUCUGCCGGCCUCCCCGUCGGAAAGGCAGCUGUCAGCGAGCCCCCCUGCCACACCGACUGCCUGGAGGCGCCCCUCACUGCCUGGGGAAGGCUGGGGAGGGAGGUGGGCUCGCACCCCUGGGUCUUCCUGCUGGUGCCCAUGCUGCUGACGGCCACUCUGGGCACAGGCUUGCGUUCCUUGCCCAGCAAUACUGAAGAAAACCUCGAGGAGCAGUACACCCCCAUGGGGAGCCCGGCCAAGGCUGAGUGGCGCUUUGUGCAGGGGCAUUUCACCACCAACGACUCUUACGGAUUCUCCAACUCCAGGAAGAGCACCGGGGUCAAUUUUGUCUCCACCCUAGUGGUUUCCAGCACUGCCUCGCUGCUGCAACAAGAAAUCUUAGAAGAAAUUAGUACAUUGGACACCGUGGUGCAGUAUCUUUAUGUGGCCAAGGAAAACGGGACCCAGAUUGGCUACGAUGGGGUGUGCGCUAAAUACCAGGGCGCCUGCGUGCCCUCCAACGCCCUCCUGUCCGCCUGGCGCAUGAACAAGGACCUCGACCUGACAAACAUCACUUUUCCGGUCUUCAACCUAUCGGGUCAGCUCAACUACCUGGUGGGCACCAUUGGAGGAACCUUUUUAGGCAAGAGGACGGGAAGGAACCAAUUACUCGUGAAAGCCAUGCGGCUACUGUACUACCUGAAAACUGAGGAUGUGAAGGACAAUGAGCUUAGCCAUAUGUGGUUGAUCCAUUUCCUGAACCAAUCUACCAACAUUGAAAAGAGUUUGGCCUCAAAGAAGAUCCAGAUGGUCUACUUUACAUCACUUUCUAGACAACUGGAGUUUGAAGCAACCUCUAUGACAGUGAUCCCCUUGUUUCAUGCGGCAUACCUUCUAAUCAUAUGCUUUGCAAUCACAUCAUGCUACAGGUAA